UCCACGUUUAAAUGUUAGUUAAUAUUUGUUGAGGUUAAGGUUAUACAAAUACAAUCUUGCUAACAUUUAUACACACACAUUUAAAUAAUUAGGGUCGGUUUCAAUAAACUUGAACCGGAAAGAAAAUCUCAUCAUGAAAGUAAUAACAAAUAGUGACAAUUCAGCUGCGUUAAAAAUACUGAUAGCCGGCGAAUAUGCUGAAAUGAACUUGGAACUUGUGAUUACAGAUAAACCAGCUUCAGAUGGGCUCAAGCGACUUCCCAUCCUUGAAAUUUCGCCUGGAGAUGUUCUAUUCUCUACAAAUGCCGCAGCUUAUCUUCUGUUUCCUCCUCCUAAAAACUCGGAACCAUCUGUAGACAACUGGCUGGACUGGGAGGCUAUGCAAUUACAGCCCUGUGUCACUCGAUGUGUGGAUGCAAAAGGAUCUCUCAACGAACCUCUUCCUCAGCUGCUGACCCUCCUUGAAAAUGCAUUGAAAAAAUACAAGUAUUUAGUUAAGGAUACCAUGACUGUAGCUGAUAUUUCCAUUUGGAGCACUCUUUUUCCUUUGUUCACUGAUGAAAAGUUAAAAUCUCAACUCAUGGCGACUGAAAAACUGAGCGAAUGGUUCCAUACUUUGGAAAAACUUCCAAAAUUCCAGGCUGGAUUGAAGAAGCUGAAGCCUGCUGGAGGGAUGGUGUCCUUACAAAGUUUGUCUUCCACAACUUGGUAUCCUUCUAGCCAGCAAGCUCUUGCUUCUGUUACUGAUAGCCCCAGUAAAGAACCAGCACUAAAGGAUUCUGAACUGUCAGAGGCAAAGCAGUUUUGGUCUGUUGAUGCAUCAAAAAGGCCCAAAGUCAAACAACCCACUGUUCCUGUGCUGCCGAAACCAGGGGAGAGGAAUGUCCUAAUCACUUCAGCACUUCCUUACGUCAACAACGUUCCUCACUUAGGAAACAUCAUCGGCUGUGUACUGUCUGCAGACGUCUUUGCAAGGUACAGCAGACUGCGAGGGUGGAACACCCUGUACAUCAGUGGUACAGACGAGUAUGGUACAGCUACUGAGACCAAGGCUCUAGAGGAGGGCCUGACUCCCAGACAGAUUUGCGAUAAGUACUUCACCAUCCACAGAGAUAUCUACCAGUGGUUUAACAUUCAGUUUGACCUGUUCGGCCGCACCACCACACCUCAACAGACUGAAGUGGUCCAAGAACUGUUUCUCCUCUGCCACAAGAACGGCUACACUUGCACACAGACCAUGGAUCAGCUUCUCUGUGAGAAAUGUGACAGGUACCUAGCAGACAGGUUCGUAGAGGGGACCUGCCCCAAGUGUGGGUACGAGGACGCGCGAGGUGACCAGUGUGACAAGUGCGGUCAGCUGAUCAAUGCUCCAGAGCUGAUCAAACCUCGGUGUAAAGUGUGCGGCAACACUCCGGUACUGAGACAAGCUCAACAGCUGUUCCUCGACUUGCCUAAGAUUGCACCCCGACUACAGAAAUGGGUGGAUUCCACGAGUUCCGGGUGGACAGCCAAUGCCGAGAUGAUCACAAAGUCCUGGCUCAAGGAUGGACUGAAACCUCGGUGUAUCACCAGGGACCUGAAGUGGGGCAUUCCAGUCCCCUUGACAGGGUUUGAACAGAAAGUAUUUUAUGUGUGGUUUGAUGCACCCAUCGGCUAUAUGAGCAUCACCAAGUGCUACACAGACCAGUGGCGCACCUGGUGGCAGCCGGGACCUAACGCAAAGGUGGAGUUGUUCCAGUUCAUGGCCAAGGACAAUGUUCCCUUCCACGCUAUCAUGUUCCCAGCAACACUUAUGAGCGUUGACAAGGGACAUACAAUCGUCAGCCAUGUUUGUGCCACGGAAUAUCUGAAUUACGAAGAUGGUAAAUUCUCCAAGUCUCGAGGUGUAGGCGUGUUUGGUACAGAUGCCAAGGAGACUGGCAUACCCGCUGACACGUUUAGAUUCUACCUUCUCUACGUGAGGCCCGAGGGUCAAGACUCGUCGUUCUCUUGGUUGGAUCUCGCAACGAAAAACAACUCUGAGCUACUCAACAACCUUGGAAACUUUGUCAAUAGGGCCCUGGUGUUUUGUGAGAAGUUCUUCGCCAGCCAGGUGCCGGAGAUGGUGAUGACAGACGAGGAGUGGAACCUACUGGCGCAAGUGUCUCGGGAAGUUAAGGCCUACAACAUCGCCAUGGAGCGAACAAGGUUCAGGGAGGGUAUGGUGCGCAUCAUGAACAUUGCGAGGCUCGGCAACCAGUACAUGCAGGUGUGCGAACCUUGGCAAGCCAUCAAGGGCUCUGAUGACGAUAAAGCCCGAGCCAAGACGUGUGUUGGAGUGUCGUGUAACAUUGCUACCUUGCUGGCCAUGUUGAUCAAGCCCUACAUGCCUCACACGUCAGACGUGAUGGCCGCACAGAUCAACGCACCUAAGGACGCCUUCAUACUCACAGACCAUGUCUAUCAGAUACUCACUCCUGGACACAGGAUAGGAAAGCCAGUUCCGCUAUUCGCCAAGAUAGAGCCGAGCACUGUAGAUCAACUGAAGAAGAGGUUUGCAGGCAGACAACAAUCACCUCCGGCUGCCAAAGGCGUCAAACCUACGCUAGACCCAGCCAUUGAUUCACUGGACAAGAUGGAAGCUGCGGUCCAGAAACAGGCUGACCUUGUAAGAUCUAUGAAGGAAGGCGGAGCUGCCAAAUCAGAAUGGCAGCCACAUGUCAAAGUCUUGUUGGAGAUGAAGAAACAGUUGGAAGGAAUGAAGAAGGCCACACCACAAGUUCAAAAUCAGACCUCAUCACCUUCUUCAAGCAGAACAGUUGAAGUUUUAGAAAAAGAAGUCACUGAGCAGGGAGAGAAGGUUCGAGUGAUGAAGCAAGGUGGGAAGUCCAAACAGGAAUGGCAGCCGGAGGUUGACAAACUGUUGAAGUUGAAAAAAGAACUCGCGGCUCUCAAGGGCGAACCUGAUCCUACCGUCAAGCAGAAAUCGAAGAAAUGACACAAAGCCAACCCUUCCAAAGGAAAGAAAGGACAUAGAUGAGACGAGUGAUUACAGAAACAGCAAUUUUUUUAGAUGAAAAGAUCUUAUUUAUUAAUUUGUUUUGAAAACAAAAAUACUGCUUUAUUUAUUACUUUACAAAGUAAUUUGUAAAUUUUUUAAUAGAAUAAUUUUUAAGAGUGAACGUAGAACCAGAAAGUGCUUGUAAAUAAAUAAGAGGUGACUGAAAUGUUGUGGUGUAUUU